CCAAACCCCUCCUUCAGCAUCAUUGCUAGCCUGCUAGAACAGCUGAGAGAACAUGUCGGUUUUCUUGGAAAGAAAAGGAUAAUAAACUUGGGAUCGUUCUGGAGCAUCUGACCAUGAGAGCUGUACAUAUGAGGUGAUGAGACCGCAGUUAAGUCGUGAGGGUCGCGAUGAUCGAAACAUCUGCUGAGUAUGGAGAGGCACAUGCGCCUGUUCUCCAGGGGCUGUGGGAGUAUGUGAGAAUGGGACAGGAGGACGUGUUACGCUCUCUUUACCUGCCCGCGUGUUUUGCCUUCUUGAGCCAUGUGCUGCUCUGCGCGCCUUUCUUCGUGCUGGACGCGCUGGGGAGCGUCAGUCAGCGGGUUCGGUCUUGGAGGAUCUCCGCGGGCUCGGGUCCGCCGCCGUCUCUGCGGCGAUGGUCGGAAUGUUUUUGGAAGGUUUUGUAUAAAUACACGACCGUCGUCCUUCCCGCCACAGCGCUCUUCAACACCCUGCUGAGCCCCAAGUUACCAGCAGACGCCCCAACCUGCUGGCAGCUCUGCAUGGAAGUAGUGGCGUGCUUACUGCUUUUUGACAUGCUCUUUUUCAUAUGGCACUACACCAUGCACAGAUUUUCCUGGUUGUACCGCAGCAUCCACCAGAUGCACCACCAGUACCACACUCCCUUUGCUCUGGCAGCUCAGGACAGUAGCUCAGCUGAGCUGCUGUCCCUGCUGCUGCUGGCUCUGAGCAGCGCCUGGAUGGUGGGCUGUCACCCUCUCAGCGAGGCCCUCUUUCAUUUAACCAACACCUGGCUCGCAGUGGAGGACCACUGCGGAUACAACUUGCCCUGGGCCCUACACAAACUACUGCCCUGUCUGGGAGGAGCCCCCCACCACCACACACACCAUAGAGUGCAAACUGUAAAUUAUGCCCCCUUCUUCACCCACUGGGACCACCUUUUUGGGACAUACCGUGUGUUGGCGCUACAUCCCCAUCCAGACUGAUAUGCGUGUUGUAUGCAGUUGAUUUGCCAAUAAGGGUCAAUGAAGGAUUUUAUGUUUCUGAUUGAUGAGCAGUUUUUCUUGUUAACACUUCAUGUCUAUAUUUACAGCAAAGUUAUUAAGAAAAUGUGUACCGAGGUUAUAGACCAAUGGAUUGUUUUCAAAGUCAACUAAUAGUACAGCUAUACAACCAGAGUCUGCCUCCUGCUGGCCUAUUACAGACCUGUCGUAUGUGGGCUGCAAGGAGGGAAAACGGGAUCAAAUCACCUUAUUCUGGGAAAAAAAUAAAAAACAGUGCCGUCCAAUUAAUGUGCUAAUUAUAGAUGUAAAGCUAUGCAUUUUGUAUGCAAUAGGCUCCCCCACAUAUUCUCAUAACCUCACAGUGUUAUCAUUCCCCGACUUGUUUACUUGGUGAACCAAAAACAAAGACCUGUUUAUCCCACUCACAGAAUGAAUCAUAUUUACAGCUGUAAGCAGACUGUGUUUGGUUAGCUUCAUUACCGCAAACCUGGGCUUUAUAAUGUGGCUGGUGUGUUGUUACUGGCUGCCCA